UUCUGGAAGGGAACCGCUCUGGGCCCCGCCUUUGAUCUCGUUGGUGGGGCUGGGGGAUGAGAGCUGUAACCGCGCGGGACAAGUCGCCGGCGGCGGCCCGACGGAGCAGAAGAGGAGAGAACAUGGAGCUGGAGAGGAUUGUCAGUGCAGCCCUCCUUGCCUUUGUCCAGACGCACCUCCCCGAGGCUGAUCUCAGCGGCUUGGAUGAGGUCAUCUUCUCGUAUGUGCUUGGGGUCCUGGAGGACCUGGGCCCCUCAGGGCCAUCAGAGGAGAACUUCGAUAUGGAGGCCUUCACUGAGAUGAUGGAGGCCUAUGUGCCUGGCUUUGCCCACAUUCCAAGGGGUACAAUAGGGGACAUGAUGCAGAAGCUCUCAGGGCAGCUGAGCGGUGCCAGGAACAAAGAGAACCUGCAGCCACAGAGCUCUGAGGUCCAAGGUCAGAUGCCCAUCUCCCCAGAGCCCCUGCAGCGGCCUGAAAAGCUCAAAGAAGAAACUAGGGCUUCUCCUACUGCUGCUGGAGACACCCAGGAAGAGGCAGCCAGUGCCGAGGAGGAGCUACUGCCAGGGGUGGAUGUACUCCUGGAGGUGUUCCCUACGUGCUCGGUAGAGCAGGCCCAGUGGGUGCUGGCCAAAGCUCGGGGAGACUUGGAAGAAGCUGUGCAGAUGCUGGUAGAGGAGGAAGAGGGGCCUCCAGCCUGGGAUGGCCCCAACCAGGACCUGCCCAGGCGCCUCAGAGGCCCCCAAAAGGAUGAACUGAAGUCCUUCAUCCUACAGAAGUACAUGAUGGUGGAUAGCGCAGAGGAUCAGAAGAUUCACCGGCCCAUGGCUCCCAGGGAGGCCCCCAAGAAGCUGAUCCGAUACAUCGACAACCAGAUAGUAAGCACCAAAGGGGAGCGGUUCAAAGAUGUGCGGAACCCUGAGGCCGAGGAGAUGAAGGCCACAUACAUCAACCUCAAGCCAGCCAGAAAGUACCGCUUCCACUGAGGCAUUCGCCAGACUCUGCUGGAGCCUUCUCGGCUCAGAUCCCAGAGGGAUGCAGGAGCCCUACACCCCCACACAGGGCCCGCCCUAACUCCUGUCCCCCUUCUCUACCCUGCUCUCUACUUCCUUGCCCCACCAUGUUGACCUCCUCUUGGAGCUGCCCACGGGCACAGUAAAGGUGGCCCCAGGAAGA